CUGCGCGGACACGGUGAACUCCCGCAGUCGCACGCGCACACCGGGAGAAGAGCGCACACGCACCGGGAGAAGAGCGCACACGCACCGGGUGAGGAGCGCACACGCACCAGCGCGUCUCUGAGUUUUAACAGACUAUUAAAUCGUUUUCUACACCAGAACUGGACUAUAUAACCGUGACGCGGUUUGAUACGCAGUCGGAGUCGGUGGCUCUCACAGGGGGACUGGAGUGACGGAUCACCGCCUGCUCGGGGCUUACACUGAAGAUUUAUCCCUCGUUUGUGGACGUUGUGGACUAUGAUUAUUUAAGUCCAGCUAGUGUUGACAUCUACUAAUCAGAUUAUGAAGAUUUCUUAUUGCUGCGUCAAUGACAGGUAAGAUGGAAACACCCUUCUACCACGAUGACACACCAAGUGUUCCUAACUUCCGACAAAUUCCUGAGUACGAUCGCUAUCAAAGCCACAAGAUGAUUAGCAAGAAAAACAUGGCAGUGCACAAUUUUGUGGUGGGAUGUUCUUCAGGACUGAAGCUGUUGCACAGCCAGGCUGGGAACGAUGUCAGCUCAAGCAGUCUGGGCAUGAACAGCAACCCAAACAGCUCUUUAAUAACCUCACCCGACAUGAACCUCUUAAAGCUUUCCAAUCCUGAACUGGAGCACCUGAUCAUCCAGUCUAACCAGGGACUUGUAACGACAAGCCCAGCGCCAAACUCUUCCACCAACCCUUUCAUGUACAGGAACCAAGCAACUAAUGAGCAAGAAGGCUUUGCUGAUGGUUUUGUCAAGGCCUUGGCAGAUCUGCACAAACAGAACCAGCUGCUCGGGGCCCCCAUGUCUCCGUCGUCCUCCAUCCAGGGUCCUUAUCAAAGAAAUCUCAUGUCGGGCACAGAGAUGCCUAUAUACACCAACUUGAGCAGCUACAAUCCCAACCAGGGACUUCCCUCUUCUUACCCUGGAGGACAAAUCCCCUACCCCUCUGCCCAUGCUGCUGCCCACUCCAGCCAAGGUCACCCACACGGCAGAGGUCUCGAUGCUCCUCAGACCGUCCCAGAAGUCUCUCAUUCGUCUGGCGGAGACCCUACUGGAUCUCCACCGUCCAUCUCACCAAUCAAUCUAGAGACUCAGGAGAGAAUCAAGGCCGAGAGGAAAAAGUUGCGGAAUCGGAUAGCAGCCUCUAAGUGCCGCAAGAGAAAGCUGGAGCGCAUUUCACGCCUGGAGGAGAAAGUGAAAGUGCUCAAGACACAGAACUCUGACCUGGCCUCGACAGCAAGCAUCCUGCGUGAACAAGUGGCUCAGCUCAAACAGAAAGUCAUGAACCAUGUCACCAAUGGCUGCCAGAUCGCAGUCAGCUCAGCCAGCAUGGCCAAGAACGGCGAGAGCACCAGCUGCUGAAAUGUUGAGGGUUUUCGUCCUUCAUAAACUCUCAAUCUUUUGUCUGCGAAGUUGUCCGCUUCCUUCGCUGUUGCCUUACAAGUCAGAAAGUCCCUAAGAGCGGAAAAGGGCCGAAAGAGAAUUGAAACCCGGUCCUGACUGACACGGACGCUUUCAGAAAACAGAGGGAGCUCAGAAGUAUGAUGAAAAAACCUCACACUUGCCACAAGAGUGGACAACAACACUCAGCUGAUCUCUGAAUCAAAUGUUUACUUUCUGACUACAGGUGAUUUGCAGGAAAAAAAAAAAUGCAAACAUCAUUUUCAUCUGCACUUUGAACUUUGGGUCAAUUGGAAACUACAGACUGGGGCAGAGAGAUACCAGUUAAACCCAACGUACAGAUGGAUGACUAGAAACAAAACAGUAGUACAGCAAGGAUCGACUCUAGGACACGUACUUUCACUCAUAAAGGGAAUUCUUGUAUCUGCAAAAGAUUUUAAUUCUAGAAGAAAGGCCAGCGUCUGACUAAACAGUGAUUUUCUAUUUUUCUGAGUUGGGAGUCGUCAGUUGCAGGGUAACCUUUGCUAUUUUUUCUUUUUUAUUGUUCUUGUUCAACAUGCACUAUUCUGCGAAUCAGAUUUUGAACAUUGACUCGGUUCGUAAAGGAAUAAUUUUGUUGCCGUUCAUCGUUGAAGU